UUCAGUGUUAUUGCCUACUGCAACAAGUCCCUCCCUGGCCGCCGUGUUAAUGCAGCAACAGCACUCUUUCUAUUUUACGUGGAUUUUAAUGAUGGUGGCGUAGAGUGCUCAUUUAACACGUUACUCCAUAAUCUCCUAUAGGGGUCUGUAGCAAAUUUAACAUUUUCAUACUCAUUAAACCAUUUAGUGAGCCUUUGUAUGGAAGCUUCCUUUUCCUUUUUUAAUUUGUUGUCUACCUGUAUUUAUGGACAUAAAUUAUCACCAAAAUAUGAUUUGAACAAUUACUGAACUGCACUGACCUUUAAAAGCACUAAUUAGCCAAUACCAGUAGUGUGACAGUCAUAUGAGUAUAUCAAUCCAAGUCAAUUUGCACUGAGACAGAAAAUCUUAUGCCGGCAAUUUGCUUUAAAAUCCACUCUUGGUCCUGCAGUAUAUUGCUCAUCUUCUGUCAAUCUGGUAUUCCACCAUAGAUUCUUUGUAUUGUGUAAAGGUGUUAGCGUGGGUUGGAUCUAUUACACCUUGUACAUUUUAGUGUUUGAAAGUAAUUAUAUCACUAUCAUCAAAAAAUAGCGAUAACGAUGGUUUUCAGGUUAGGUGUUUUUGAAUCAAGUCACUGCUCCUUGUUACUGAUCAGCACUGACUGAUACUGAGCGAUGAAAAUGGCUCCCAGCACAGGAAGAGUCCUUAUAUGGUGGCUGGUGUGUGAAGGAGGAAGUGAGUGUGAGAGGCCACAUCCAGCCGAGCAGACAGGAUGACCUGAUUAACAGGAAAUGACAGGAGUGACGGGAAAGGCACGCAGGAAAGCAGCCUGUAUCUUCUACCUGCUCUGUGAGAUCCACUCCAUCCACCAGCGGAGGAAGGUGGUGGGCCGCAGCAAGAACUUUGACCAGCUAGUGGCAGAACUCAAGACAAAGGUUCGUGAGAAAGGGGCCCAGUCGCUGGAGGGAGGCUCCUCCACUGGACGGUCCCCCAGCCCAGAGGCACCCAGGGAGCAGGCUGGGGCUCCACAUUGCAGGAGACCUCUGGCCAGCCUCCCCGCUUUCAGUCGGCCUACGGCUGUGUCAGAGAGCUCGCCAGAGGAGGAGAAGCAGCGGCAGGAUGAAGGAAGUCUCCGAGCCCCCUCGCCUCUCGUUCAUGGACGAAUUUCCAGUGAUGAAAGUGAGGCAGAAGGUCCUGAGGAGCCUGUUGAGUUCUCUUCUUCUGCUGCACAUCCCAAGCCACUAGCGGUAUGUUCAUUUGGCAGCCAUGCUUUGGGUCACGGCAUCUACACGUUUGACAGGAGACUUCACCACCUGAGGUCGGCUCUUAGCAGCAUGCUGGAGCAGCACAUCAGCGCCCAUCUUUGGAAGUAAGAAACU